GGGCCUCUCCCUUUUCACAACAGUUGGCAGUAAAAUGGCCACGGCGGCGGUAGCCGGGAGUGAUGGCCACGGAAUGGAGGAGAAGAAGUUUGAGUAUUUUUCUUCCAUUAACUCAAUGGCCAAGAAGAUUAUGCUGGAAAGGGAGAAGAUUAAGGAAAAUCAUGGAUCCAACUGGGAUAAAAUGACUCCUACCGAGCAGGACACGGCCAUUGAUAACUGGAUGAUGGAUCCCCAAAUCAGAGCCCGGUAUGCAAUGCACAGGUUUGACCGAGACGAAGUUGUGUGUUACCCCAAACUAAUCAUCCAAACUGGACAGAAAAUUGUACACUUCGGUGAAGAGGAUAUAACUUGGCAGGAUGAGCACUCUGCACCUUUCUCCUGGGAAACAAAGAGCCAGAUGGACUUCAGCCUGACAUUGACUGCAGCUCCAGAACAGGCAAUCUCCUCUUCGCAAGCUGAUGCAAAGCAAACCAUAAAAAAUUCACAGCCAUCAAAGGUGUCCCAGAACAUCCAAACAGUGAAAGUGUCCCAGAAUGGAAAGGCUCUCAAUGGAGACAGUUUUGGUCUGAGCAGGAAGGAAGAGGAGUCGUCAUUCUGGAAGAUCAGUGCCGAAAGGUCAAGACUGGAGGGUGAGCAGGCUGAUUUUCAAUCCCUAACACCCAGCCAGAUCAAAUCUCUUGAGAAAGGAGAAAAAACGCUGCCCUCAUACUUGCGACAAGAAUCUAACCCUAGAGACAAAGAGGAGCAGAGAACCGAGAGACCUCGAGCCCCCAAAACAGAAAAGCCAGCACCCAUCAGUGUGUCUUCAACUGUGGCAGGAUGGGAGCGUGUUCAGACCAGCCUCCCUUCUGUCAGCAUAUUAGAUGACGUCUUCACUCCAGGACCAGAAACCAAGUCUCCCAUUCACACUGUCGAUACCUCGAAGGAUGAUGAUAAAGAGGAGUCAACUCUGGCAGCAAGUCCUACCUUCUCCCAGUUUAAUACAAGUAGCACCAUUCUGAAGACAGGGUUUGACUUUCUGGACAACUGGUAAAAAAAGGCCUGGUGGAAGGAUACUCUUAAGAAAUGAACCUCAAGUUUUCUUAUGUGAGCUGUGGAAACCCACUAUAAUAGAGCUGUCUUCGAACUUAACAUUGAUUAUUCCAUCUGUUAAUGCAAACAUGCUUUAUUUUUCAUUAACUAAAUUUUCCAAUAUCUGACUGUUAUAUGGCUUAGUCAUAAUGACCUCUUACUAGUCUUGAGCAAGUGUGCUGUAUGCAUUUAUAUGUAUUUAAAGUUGUGCAUUUAUUGUAAAGCAUGUUUACUAAGUUUAAUACAUCUUUGUCUGGCUUUGUCCGUCUUUGUCUCCAGCCAGAUUACAACACCAUUAUGUAAUAAUAAAAUUAUUUGAAAUUCUGA